GUGCAUGUAGGCUGUCAUGCAUUUUAGUCAUUUCCAUUCCUCCAGUCAGUCAUUAUCUGCUCUGAGCAGGUAUCACAAAGAGUUGAGACCAAGAUGGAACGUUUGCUACUGUCACUGGCUAUCUUUCUCAUCAGCACAUCAGCUGCUCAGGCCCAAUUCACUGGAUGCUUCACUGAUCCUGGCUGUGCUACUCUUGUUGUGGGGGGACCUUCUUCCAAUGCUGAGGACUGUUGUGUCAAUAAUAAUGCAGGACUGUAUUUCAAUAAUGGUAGUCAUUGCCUCCAGUGCAUAGUGUACGGCUUUGGCUCAGACACCUUCACUAGCCCAGAGGCCCAAUCACUUUACCAAGUUCCAUUUGCAUACUUCAAGGGUCCAUCUAAUGCACAGCUUAGGGUAGCCAUUGGUUACAAUGGAGAAGGAACAGCUUCAGAAGAGGAGUUUGGUAUAGGCCAGAGUGUUGUUUCUCUAGCUCUCAACCCUGGCGGAACUACCGCCAUCACCUUCCAAGCCGACAGAGUGGCAUUGGAACCAGAUGAGACUUUUGUGUUGGAGUUGGAACUGCUUAAUGUGGCAAAUGUUGCAAGGGACGAUUUUGAAUCAUCUUUACAAAAUGUUUUCUUUCGGAGUAGGCAGGAGUUUAUUAUACAAGAUAGCACUGCCCUCGUUUUUCGGCUGAGGGAAAGCGACCGAGUUGUGGAUGAAGGGGAUAGGUUCAUCCCCGUUGAGGUGACAGUGGCCAAUGAGGUAGAACUGGCCUCCGAUAUCUCACUAGUUCUGACACCAAUGAUCGCCACUGAAGAUUUUAGGCCUCUACCAACUACCAGACCAUUUGCACUAGCAAACAAUUUUUCAGACAGGAUAGAUUUCUUUACUACACCCAUCACACUGAAUUUUACGGGUGGUGGGGAAAUUCUUUUGGCUGGAGAUGUACUGAUAUAUGAUGAUCUGAUUGACGAAGCCUUGGAGUAUUUUGUGGUUACUUUAACUUUUCAAGAUCCUGAUAAUGUGCCACCAUUAGCUUCAAUUGAAAGCAGUGGCGGCGAUAUAAUUCGCAUCGACAUUAUAGACAACGAUGAUAUCUUUAUUGGGUUUGCUCUACCAAAUACAACAUAUCCGGAGGUAGAAGCCGAUCACCGAAUUCAAAUUAUCAAAGGAGAAGGCAAUGUCACUGAACAAAUCAUCCGUAUUGUUGUUAAUUUGUUUCAAUCUGCUCCAGAGGGUCUUGGAAAUGCCCUUCCCUCAGCUGAUGGAGAAGAUAACGAUUUCUCAUUUCCACCAUUUGUUAUUGAAUCAAUAGGACCAGAGGACAAUGAAGUGUUUAUAAAUUUUAAUAUAUUUUCGGACGAACUGCCUGAGGUAACAGAAGCUGCUCAACUCAGACUAAGUCUACCCGCUGAUGGAACGUUCCCAAGAUUUGAGACCCUCCCCCAAUACCCUGAAUUCUUCAUCAUUAUUGAGGAUGAUGACCGAUUCCGCAUUGGCUUCGAGAACACCUCGUACAUAGUUAAUGAAAGGAUUGGAUUUCUGAAAGUGUGCGUGGUAAUGUUUGAACCUCCAGAGGACACUUCACUUGGAACAUUAACCGUCAGUAUUGGAGUUGAAACUGUACAAGGCACAGCAGAUGGAGAUGACUAUAUGGAAGUGACUGGAGCCCGUUUUGCAUUUUUUUUAUUCUUUAGCGAUACCAAUCGUCGAAGUUGCUUCAUGGUUGAAAUAACGGAGGACAAUCGUUACGAAUUUGAAGAGCAAUUUUCUCUUCGAUUUAUUGAGCUUGAAGGCAGCAGUUUACCUGACAACCUUGUACUCGAUCCAGCUCGCAGUAACAUCACAAUUUUGGACAAUACCGAGGUGACUGUUGGUUUCAUCAACCCACCAUACUCUGCCAGGGAGGACGAAGGACCAAUGAUAUUCACUGCGGGAGUGACUGGUGACCACAUACUAGAAAGAGAUAUUGAGUUGUCCUUUUCGACUGUGGAUGGUCUGAUAGCAGAUUUUGCUGCUUUUGCUGGUGUGGACUAUAUUUCGGUUAUCAACAUGCAAAUCAUUCUAAGUGCAGGCAUGCAAAGCAUAAAUAUUGCAGUUGAAUUGAUCAAUGAUACAAUAUUUGAGAAUAAUGAAAUGUUUCAAGGUAUACUAACCAUCAUUAGUGAGGAGAGAGUGUCCCUGGAUCCAGGCACUGCCAGCGCUACCAUCAUCGAGGACGAAGUUGUCUGUCAAGAGUUGGAAUUGCUUGUAAAUGGUAGUAUUGAGUACUCACCUAACAUGACGGCUCCAUACCUCGAGGGAACUAACGCUGAGCACAUAUGUUCCCCUGGAUUUGUUCUUAUCGGAAACGUGAUCAGAGUUUGUCAGAGUGACAGCACUUUCAGUGGAACACCACCAACGUGUCAACCCAUUCAGUGUAAUGUCCUCGACGAAAUUGAGAAUGGAUUCAUCACCUACGCUCCCGACGUUACACCUAACUAUGAUCUGGGCACUGUGGCCUUUUACGCCUGUGAUGCUGGGUUUUUUCUGGACAUCUCCCUAGGGUCUACAUUUAGAAUGUGUGUGGAUGAUGAUGGACUGGAUGCUAUUGGAGUGUUUGAUAACCAAGCUCCAAGAUGUGUCCCUAUCGAGUGUCCUGUUCUGCCCGUUUUCGCCAAUGGAAUAAUUAUCUAUGCCACAGACGUUACCUCUGACUUUGACCUCGGUACUACAGCAACGUAUAGCUGCAAUGAAGGCUACACUUUAGAUAUCUCUAUUGGUGUUGAAGUGAGGACGUGUAUUGACGAUGGAGACAAUGAUGCUGUGGGAGUGUUUAGUGACCAGGCGCCUGCUUGUGUUCGCAUUCAGUGCACUCCUCUAUCUGGCAUACCAAAUGGCAUGAUUGAAUAUGGUCCAGACACGACUGCUAACUACAUGCUCGGGACAAAUGCCACUUAUAUUUGCAAUGACGGGUUUUUCUUGGACCUAUCUGUCGGAAAUGAGAUCAGAACUUGCGAGGAUGAUGAUGGAUUGGACGAUCUAGGAGAGUUCACUGGCUCACAACCAACCUGUGUCCGUAUUGAGUGUCUUCCCCUCGACCUUAUUACCAAUGGAGUCAUCACCUACGCUCCCGACAUAACAUCUAACUAUGAUCUGGGCACUGUGGCUACUUAUGCCUGUGAUGCUGGGUUUUUUCUGGACCUCUCCCUAGGGGGAUCUGAGAUGAGAACUUGUUUUAAUGAUUUGGAUAAUGAUGCAGAGGGAGUGUUUAGUGGACAAGCCCCAAGAUGUAUUCGUAUUGAGUGUCUUCCACUCGACCCUAUUAACAAUGGAGUCAUCACUUACGCUCCCGACACCACAUUUAACUAUGAUCUGGGCACUGUGGCUACUUAUGCCUGUGAUGCUGGGUUUUUUCUGGACCUCUCCCUAGGGGGAUCUGUGACUAGAACUUGUUUUGAUGAUUUGGAUAAUGAUGCAGAGGGAGUGUUUAGUGGACAGGAACCAAGAUGUAUCCCCAUUGAGUGUCUUUCCCUUGGACAAGUUACCAAUGGUAUGAUCACCUACGCUCCCGAUACCACAUCUAACUAUGACCUGGGCACCGUGGCUACAUACACUUGCAAUGAAGGCUAUAGGCUGGAUAUUACCCAGGGAGGAUCUGAGACGAGAACCUGUAUUGACGAUUUGAAUGGCGAUGCUGUGGGAGUGUUCACUAACCUGCCUCCAAGAUGUGUCCUUAUCAACGUCGUUCGAGUCAACGACACUGUGAUUGGAGACCCCCUCAUGACCGUUCCCCUCUAUGUUCAAAACAAGUCAGUCAUAAUGCCGCUGGGGGAUAACGAUCUUAUUCAUCUCUGUUUCGAAGUUCAUGGCAAUUCAGACGCGUACUUUAACCUUGUGAGUGACGAUUGUGUCAGUGUCAAUGCUCACUACCAACAAAUUGCUGCUGGGGAAGAUAUAAACAUUGUUGAUGAUAUUUCAGUUCGAGCAGUUGCUAGCGACGGGUCUUGUCACAAUAUCACAGUGCUGCUGGAUCAGUGUACAGCUACAGUGGACGGUGUGGUGAUUAAUAAUAUGUAUUCGAUGAACAAUAUUAUGGUGAGAAAGUAUCCUUCCAGAGUGCGUAUAGCUGUUCCAAACUGCGGCUCUGCUAGAGGAUUGGUCAUGUGGGUCAUGUGUCAGACGCAAACUUUCUGGAGCACCGAUCGUACUAACGCUGAUGGAACCGAAUUCACUUUCCAAGGAGAAGCAAUUCGUUUUGUGGUUGCCCGCGGACUGAAUCUCCGUGAAGAAUCACACGGUAUUCUCGGCCAAUUCUGGAAUAUCCCUAUCCAAGUGGUGCCUUAUAGCGGACCUUUCACAGAGCCUCAAGUCGAAGAUGACGUUGCCACCUUCAGCGUAAUUAUCAAUUCCCCAGGCGAUUCCCCUAGGCAAUUUAUUGCCUGGUUGCGAUUCCCUAGCUGGGAAUACGAAAGACGAAUGUAUUGUCUGUAUGCCGGAGAUGGGCACGCUGGUAGUGUGUAUGAGGUGCCGGCUGGUCCUGCUAAUGGACCCGUGAUCGAGGGAAUUUACACAAACUAUAUUGUUUCUGGACAGUUCGAAACCGAUUUUGAGUACAAUCAAUUCGAUUCUAAUAUGUGUUUGUAGUUGAACCUUUCAAUUUACUGUUUAACAUUUUUUCGAUGGUAACACUUGUAGUUAUGUACUAGAACUUUUUAUAGCUAGUCUAUAAUAGUAUUAUUGAAUUACGUAUGCUGUGUGGUGUGUGCUUCAAUGAUAUUGCUUUCUCCUAAA